ACUCAAGAACAACGCGCAACUAUAGCAAACCGCAACUCAACAACUUGAGCAGCGGAUCUGCGGUGCCACCACUAACUCGAGCAUGUCACCGUGCGAAACGACUCCGAAUUUCGAUGGUAAGGAGAUCUUCUACGACUCGACGAAGACGGACCCAAUUCCGUGGUUCCACAAGUUCGAGCUCAAGUUACAGCUCCACCACGUCAGCGAAGAGAAGAAAUACGUGUAUUUGUACUCCCAAUCAGGGGGCGCGUGCCACGCGUGGUUGGACAAUCUCUUGUCCAAGUACGGGGUGGUGGCUGUCGACUUGUAUACCAAGAUCAGUUGGGAUGAUCAAAAGGCAGCAUGGCAUAAGCGGUUCCAAAUAGAGCCGCCAGAAAUCAAAGCAAUGGACAAAUUGCUAACUUUCCAACAAGGCACGCUGCCGAGCAGCGAUUGCAUUGCCGAAUUCCAACGCUUGGCGUCAACGCCGGACGUACCGACGGGCUUUACGACCAUCAAACACUACUUCAUUACGAGGUCGUGUCCGACACUAUCCAACACAUUGACUCACGUUGUGGAGACUCUCUCUACAACAGUGGAGCUCUUCGACAAGGCCGCACAUAUUAUUGUCAUGAACACGGAGGCCAAGAACCUUCCCCGUUCGUCUGCGAGGAAGGCAAACUCAACGGUGACCAAGUUGGCGGACGGAAAGACGCAACAACUUCUCGACCGCUACAUCGAGGCCAUCCCGAUGUAUUUCGCACCUCAUGCAUGUGAACUGAUGACAUUUGACAUUUUGGACAUGGACUUCGAUAUCAUUUUGGGAAUGCCUUUGCUUGCAAGUGCGGAUAAUACGGUCAACUUCCACCGGUGGAUUCUUACCGUCCGGGACGCCUUCGGCACUGAAGUACCGUGUACUAUUCCUCUUCCGCACCCUUCAGUCCGGUGCCAAGUGGUGACGACCAAGUCCUUCCGGGCUACUUGUGCUUACGAGCAGCCUGACGAGAUAGGCCUAUGUUUCCUACGGAGCGUCGUGGUAGCUGACUCUUCAUCCACGGACUUGUUUUUGGACCCCCGUGUGGUGCGGUUGCUCGACGAGUUCGUCGACAUCUUCGAGUCACCUACCGGUGUGGUCCCCGAUCGGUCGAUCUCUCACGAGAUCAUUCUUCAGGCCGGUGUCGUGCCGCCGAAAGGUUACAUCUAUCUGAUGAGCGAGGAGGAGCUUACGGUCCUCCGCGCACAAUUCGGCGACUUGUUGGACAAGGGUUGGAUCCGCCCUAGUAGAUCCCCACAUGGAGCGCCAGUUCUCUUCGUACGGAAGAAGAACAAGGAUCUACGAUUGUGCAUCAAUUACCACAAGCUCAACGCGCAAACCGUCAAGAAUGCAAGGCCUCUUCCUCGUAUUGACGAUCUCCUUGAGCGAUUGGGCGGCGCAAAGUACUUUUCCAAGUUGGAUCUGAGGUCGGGCUAUCACCAGAUUUCGAUGCGCUCGAAUGAUCGCUAUAAAACCACGUUCAAGACGUGGUACGGGCAUUUUGAGUGGGUGGUCAUGCCUUUUGGCCUCACCAAUGCCCCGACGACCUUUCAAGCGCCAAUGACCAACAAUUUUCGUGCGAUGCUAGACCGGUUUGUGAUGGUCUACUUAGACGACAUCCUCGUCUAUAGCCAGACCUUGGAGGAUCAUCUUGAGCACCUUCGACGAGUGUUGGAGACGCUCCGCCAUGCCAAGUACAAAGUCAACCGCGACAAGUGCGAUCUUGUCCGGCAAGAGCUGGAGUACUUGGGCCAUUUUGUCACACCGGAGGGUAUAAGUCCGUUGUCGGACAAGAUUCAAGCCAUCCAAGAGUGGCCGGAGUUGCGGAACGUCACGAAUGUCCGUUCGUUUCUUGGCCUUGCCGGCUACUACCAACGUUUUAUCAAGGGUUACUUGAAGAUCACGGCCCACUUAACCAAGCUUCAAUGCGAGGAUUAGUCGUUCGACUUCGGUGAGGAUGCACGAGGAUCAUUUUUGGCCCCCAAAGCCGUGUUACUAUCCACGGA